AUGCCCGAGACCGCGUCGCCCGACCAUGUGCUUCCGGACGCGGACUCUCUAGCAUCAUCAACAGCAAACAGAUCCCUCGCCGUUGACGCAAGUGACGCGCCGCCCGUCGAGAUAGAGGGCCGAGAUGCCGCAGCGGAAUCCCAUGCGAAUGGACAUGUCCACGACGACGCGACGCCUGCUCAGGCAAAUGGCCACGUGCUGCAGACAGCCGAAGCCAUGGACGACCAUGGAGACAACGACGGCGAGCGGCCGGCGAAGAGACAGAGGACGCGGAAUUCGACUCCUCCACCGCCUGCCGUUCGAAAGCUGAAGCCUAUAUCGCCGCCGUGGAAGAAGAUCGAGGCUGACGGGCCAACAUCAUUCCAUGAGAACGGACGGCGCAAAUCUGGCCGCAUCAAUUCGCAGCCUGUCCCAAGCGAGCUGCCCAGUACGAAGCGCACAACGAGGCAUUCUACCAAUGGAUCGACCGGAAACGUGCUCAAGGAAAGCCCACUGCCUAAUGGCAAGUCCAACAAGGCCGCAGCAGGUGGCGCAUCCAAACAGAAACCCACAAGCAAGACGACGCCAGCUCACUCUACUCCCGCCGAACCGAAUUCGAGAUAUGGCUCUAGGAGGGGUGCUGCCCCCGAACCUAGAGCAUCCUCCAGACUCUCGCGUCGACGAACUCCUUCGCCCCCUCCGCCAUCCCUCAGACACUCGACACGCACACGAAGAGGAGCCGCAGUUGCGCCAGAUACCCCGACCAGCGUUGCCAAACAAAAUACGUUCGAGAGCUCCGGCAAAUCACCCCGAUUAAAGCUCAAGGUUGGGCCUCGGCUCACAGUGAUUCCCUUGGUCCAUCCAGACCAGGUACGCAAGCGACCGCGAAUUGGGACAGAUUUCGAUGACUUCUGGGAUCGAGCUGGGAAUAUUCCGGUAGAGGAGGGCGGCCUCUUGACGUCUGAGGAUGGACCCCCUUAUACGAACGAAAUGGCGCAAACCGAUGCACGAAUGGUUCUUCGUAUUGAGCGCGAGGUCGAACCGGGGGGGCUCCUUUCAAUUCAACGAUGCUCACUAUUCGUACCUGAAGGGGAAGAAGAGCCGCCAAGACAGUGGGCUCGUCAGGAUCAUAUGACAAGGGCCGCAAGCAACUUUCGAAAACUCAUGAUUAUAGAACAACAACGACAUCGAUCAGUGGCUAAGAAGCUUGCUGAAGCAUGCCGCGAGGAAUGGCUACGCCGUCAGCCCAAGUCUGCCGAAGAGAUAGAAGCAGAAGCCAGAGCUGUGUGGCUGAUGCGCUAUCGCGUUGUCCUCAGAUCACUCUUUGGCACUUGGGAAAAUGUUCGUGCAGAAGUGAAUCGGCGGCGAUUGGCACAAUGGGAAGCAGAUGAGCAGAAGAGGGUCAAGGCUGCCCUCAACCAAGCCGUCAGUUUAUCGGAGCAGAAGCUGCAGGCACGGCGCGCUGGAGGUGUAGAUUCCGAAUCUCUCUACGACGAAGAUGAUGGCUUUGACGAUCUAAGUGACAGCGCUGAUGGAGAAGACGGUGAAGUUGACGAUUCGCGUCUGGCUUCGGCAGAGACAGAUGGCAGCAGUGAUGGUGGCGACGAAGGCGACGAUAGCGACAUGAUGUCUUCUUCUGAAGAUGAAGAAGAUGAAGACCAGAAAGACGUGGCAGAUGAAGGCCUUACUCAGGAACAGCUGCGGGCGAAAUAUGCCAACAUACCUGAGUUGGAAGCCCCUGAGGAGCCAGAGUCGGUCGCCGAAAAUACAGAAACCCCUGGCAUUGCAGAAGGAUCAGAUGCCGAGACCAGCGAUGAAUCAGUGGACAUGGACGACGACUUGGGAUCAAGUGACUUUGACGGUAGUGGCGAAUCUGGAGAUGAAGGGUCAAGCGAUGAAUCGGGAUCCGAAGACGGAGCCGGUGGGCUGCUAGGGCUGUUCUUUGGAAAGUCGGAGCUUAAAGCAAUGUCAAAGGGUGAAGCAAAGGCUGAAAGUCCCGAACAAGAAGUGGCUCAAGCCGUUGAAUCUGAGAUGGAUGUUGCGCAGCCAGACCCUGAAUUUGAAGACGAGGAUGAAAUGUCGCUUGUCCGGCACCCUGAUUCGAUAAACGGUGACGAUGCAAAAGAAAAUGGCGAUGGUACUAAUGAUAUCCCAUCUACACUGGAUACCGAGCCAGACAGCAUGGAAACCGCAGAACAGCCUGUUACUGAAACUAAGGAGUCGGAUGUUCCCCCUUCAGACCAUGAUGAUAUGGAGGUGGAAAAUGCUGAUCAGGACACUACGAUGGCAGAUGUCCCAGCGGAUUCGCCAGCUACCGAUGCGUCAAAGUUGGAAGAGAUUAAGAGCAUUACAGCUUCAGACAAGUCUGCGCAUCCUGAAACAGAAAUUGCGAAUGUUCACUCCGAUACUUCUUACGACACAUCACUACCGGCGGCAGUGGAAGCCAAGUUGGAAGCAAAGCCAUCUGAGAACGAAACGUCCUUGGAAGAGCAACAGACUGAACCAGCGGAAUCAAUACCUACCGUGACUGACGAAGUUACGACACUUGAGCCUUCCGCUCACAAAGUUGAAAUUCCGCCUCUCCUGCGAGGAACACUACGCGAAUAUCAAAGACAAGGUCUCGACUGGCUGGCUGGUCUUUAUGCAAACAAUACCAAUGGCAUCUUGGCAGACGAGAUGGGUCUUGGUAAGACGAUUCAGACCAUUGCGCUGCUGGCGCAUCUUGCCUGUCGUCACGAAGUCUGGGGCCCGCAUCUUGUAAUCGUUCCCACCAGCGUCAUGUUGAAUUGGGAAAUGGAAUUCAAGAAGUGGUGUCCUGGCUUCAAGAUCCUCGCCUACUAUGGCUCUCAGGAAGAACGAAAGAGAAAGCGACAGGGAUGGAACAAUGACGAUGUUUGGAACGUCUGUAUUACUUCCUACCAGUUGGUACUUCAAGAUCAACAGGUGUUUAGACGCCGUAGAUGGCACUACAUGAUCCUAGAUGAAGCGCACAACAUCAAGAAUUUCAAGUCGCAGAGGUGGCAGACAUUGCUAGGAUUCAAUACACACUCACGACUCCUCCUGACUGGAACUCCUCUGCAAAACAACCUGACAGAACUAUGGUCACUACUCUUUUUCUUGAUGCCUGCGGAAAAUGGUGUUGGAGGAUUUGCAGACCUGCAAGAGUUCCAUGACUGGUUUCGCAAACCUGAGUCACAGAUUCUGGAGAAUGGAAGAGACCAGAUGGACGAUGAAGCGAAAGCCAUUAUCGGGAAGCUUCAUAAAGUAUUACGUCCAUAUCUUCUUAGACGUCUCAAAGCCGACGUAGAGAAGCAAAUGCCAGCCAAGUACGAACAUGUCGAAUUCUGUCGGCUUUCAAAGCGUCAGCGUGAGCUGUACGAUGGGUUUUUGGCACGCAGCGAUACGAGGAACACGCUGGCGUCUGGCAAUUAUCUCUCCAUUAUCAAUUGUCUGAUGCAGCUUCGUAAGGUCUGCAAUCAUCCCGACUUGUUUGUCGACCGUCCUAUCAUGACCUCAUUCCGCAUGCGCAAGUCCGUAACCGCAGAUUACGACGCUACAGUGAGGGCUGUCCAGCAUUCUUGUUUCUCAGAAAGCCCGAUGAGCUCUGUCAAUUUAGCCUUUCUAAAUCUAGUACCGACACAGCAUGAGCAUCUAUCUACGAUGAAGGCUGAUAGCAUUGCCCAAUUAAGCUCACACCGCAUACUGAUGGAUCUCCGAGAAGCACAGAAAAGUCGAGCGCAAAACGCCUACACAACUCUUGAUCCAGGCACGGUAGAAUCGAAUAUUGCCUAUGUAGAGAGUGCUGCCAGAUGGGGACGCUUUGAAGAAUUGCAGCACUGUGUCUAUCUCAAUGCCCUUCGUCGCCAGCAGAGGCCAAUCUAUGGGAGCAAUGUUGUUGCAUUACUAAAUAUCAACGCCCAUAACCCUCUUCGCAAGCCUCGACCUCGAGUGCCCCGGAAAAUCAUGGACUGGUUCGAGUCCGACUCGGCCUUUGUGCAGGCAUUAACUCCGUCUCUUGACCAGAGAGCCGAUAGCCUCAAGACUACUAUUGAGAAAUUCUCUUGCGUCACGCCCGCAGUCGUGACUCGAGACCUUGACCAGUUCAUUCUGGGUCGCAAGGGCAUCGAGGCGUUUACGGAUGAAGACCUCAAGCUAUCAGCACCAGUGCGAUGGGCGCCCUUUAUGCCCAAGCAGCCCCCCUCGGAUCCAUGGCAUGAAGCCCGAAUGCGUCUUACUAUUCAGUUUCCCGACAAGCGCCUCCUUCAAUAUGACUGCGGCAAGCUUCAGGCCCUGGACAAAUUGCUUCGCAGGCUACAAAGUGGCGGUCAUCGCGCGCUCAUCUUUACGCAAAUGACAAAGGUGCUUGACAUUCUUGAGCAGUUUUUGAACAUUCAUGGACACAAGUAUCUACGACUUGACGGUGCCACGAAAGUUGAACAACGUCAGAUUUUGACUGAUCGCUUCAACCAUGAUUCACGCAUCCUUUGCUUCAUCUUGUCCACUCGAUCAGGAGGACUGGGCAUUAACCUUACGGGCGCAGAUACGGUCAUCUUUUACGACCAGGACUGGAAUCCGGCCAUGGAUAAACAGUGCCAAGACCGAUGCCAUCGUAUCGGCCAAACACGCGACGUGCACAUUUACCGUCUUGUUAGCGAGCAUACCAUUGAAGCGAAUAUUCUUCGCAAGGCAUCGCAAAAGCAGAUGCUAGACGACGUUGUUAUCCAAGAAGGAGAGUUCACUACGGAUACGUUUGACCGCCCUUCUGUCAGAGACGUCCUCGGCGAAAAGGUCGAUUUCAUGAGCGAGGGCGUUGCUGCUGCAGAUGCCGCUCUUGAUCUGGUUCUUGGCGGAUCUGAAAGCAGCAACGACCAACGCCGCGUUGGCCGCGUUUUCGAGCAGGCCGAAGACAAAGAAGACGUCGCUGCCGCGCGUGUUGCAGAGAAGGAGAUUCUCGCCGACGACGCUGACUUUACGGAGAAGGCUGGCGGACCUGCCUCGGGCACAUCAACAGCACGACAAGGAACGCCAGCGGGCAAGUCCAUCUUUGACGGCGGCAUCGGCAUACUAGAUGGCCCAGAAGAAAGCGGCAUCGACACAAUCGAGGAGUAUAAUGCUUGGGGAGGAAGACUGGGCAAUAUUGAUGACUAUAUGCUUUCGAUCAUGACCGAGGAACUGAAGUUUACGAAACUGGAAUUGCCAAAGGAUAAGAAGAAAGGGAAAAAGAAGGGCAAAGACACAAGGAAACGGUAA